UUAUUUUGUUUUUUGAGUCUUUUUUACUGAAACAGAUGUGUAAAAUUUAAUACUUUUUACUUUAACUACCAUUAUUCUAUGUUUAACUAAUUGACUGUUCUAUCAGUGUUGUGAUUUAAAAGCACUAAAACAAGAUGUACAAAACGACACCAAAAACGAACUGAGCGACUCAACCGUCAGUGUACAAAACGACGCAGAUGUACGCAACUUUGAAAGUUCCAUCGAUUGCUAUGUAAAGAUUGUUCUUCUCUCUCACAACAAUCAGACACCAAGCUAUGAUGAAUUAAAAGAGUUUGUUUGUGAUGUUAUGUUAGAGCUUUCUAACAUGAGAGACUUUAAUGCUUUACAUUUCUUCGUGUGUCAGAGAUGUUUGAGGACAAUUUAUUCUACUCUGAAUGCGGAGGAUCAUCAGAAGUUUUUCACACUACUUUUAGAUCUUAACUAUGCAGAUAUUACAUCAAGAUGUUUAAGAGAUGAAAAUCUUCUUGAUACAACAGCACCAGGUUUUACUUUGUCUUUAAUCCGUAAUGUGUUGAAUCUUUUGGUUGGCGGUAGUCAUUAUAAUACAGAGUUUGGUUUGAUUUUGGCCGAGAAGGACGCUGUAAAGACAUUUACAGAUUUCCUCAUCUCUCAUAAAAACGUGCAGAACUCCCAAUCUAAUUGGAUCAUUAGUAAAGUUGUUGUCAUUUUAUAUAACAUUGCCAGAAGGAAGGAAGCGAAGAAAUUUUUCUCAGUAAGCAACACAUACGAUGUAAUUAAAAACAUGGAGUUUAAAGAAGAAGUCAUAUCAGAGUUUGCAACACUUCUGCUAUUGUUUAUAGAAGACGAUUCUACCACAGAUACGGAGGCAAAAACUAAGGCUGUUCAGUUUUUGCUUCAAGUGUAUCCACAACUAAAAGAAUCACUAACACAUGCUGGUAAUGCUGAACAAAUAUUUAUGACGGAAUGUUUGAGAGAACUAAGUAGAAAUAAAGAGGGAAGUGAGAAAAUCAUCACAGACGAAGAAUUAAAUGACACGUUAAUAGCUUUAAUAAACAGCCAUAAUGGGGAUCUUUCUGCUAACGUACAUUCGAUACUCUGGAGAGCUGGACGUACAACAGGAAUAUUGCCAUCUAAAACAGAUGUUGUGCUGUCUGAUGAGUUCCCCAAGAAAUUUGAAAUUAAACCAAUGCCGUUAGGUCAAGGAGGUUUUGGUAGCGUCCAUCUUGUUGUCGAUAUAGACCAACCAGAUGAUGAAAAAUUUGUUGCAAAGAAAACACACGCAGAUCCAAAAAACCAAAAGAAGUGGAUGGAGAGCUUACAAUCAGAGGCUUCAAUUUUAAUUAAACUGAAACACAAAAAUAUCGUCCAGUUUCAUGGGUAUCAAAUGAAAGAAAAUGAAAUAAUCUUAUUUCUGGAGUAUAUAAAAAUGGGCACCCUCUCCACGUUCAUCAAACAACACACAAGACUCAAUGAAGGUUUGACCAGACAGUUUACAAUUCAAAUUCUGGAAGGCGUGAAGUACCUACAUGAAAAUAAUAUCUUGCAUUUGGACAUCAAAGGUACUAACAUUCUAAUGGUGGACGAAUCAAGCAUUAAACUUACUGACUUUGGCCUGUCGACAAUACUUAACGAAGAAGAAGGAGUUGAAGCAGAAAGGGGCACAACUCGAUAUAUGGCUCCUGAGAUGAUUAACUGCCCUGAUGGGAGAAUAUUUAAACAUUGUUGUAGCUUGGACAUUUGGAGUGUGGGAAGUACAGUUGUUGAGAUGAUAACUGGAUCACCACCAAACUCAACAACGACAUCAGCCAAUGUACUUUUUAAAAUCGCUAUGCUGCAGAGACCAAAGUAUGAGCUGUCAAUUACAUCAUCAAAAAACCUGCGAGAUUUUUUAGAAAAGACAUUUACACCUGAGGCAGAACAAAGGCCAUCAGCAGAGGAUUUAUUGAGAGAAGACCCUUUUAUAACAGGCAGUUUAUAAAUGAUGACUAUUAUUGUUCAAUAUGUGCUUAUUACUGCAAAGAAUAUUAUUCAUCUUUUUUUUGGAUAUAAACUUGUGUUGUUCGAGGAUAUGAAAAUGUCGAAAACAUGUAGAAUAAAUAUUUGAAUAAUCCUAAAACAAGAUACACCUUUUAAAUACAAAUGUGUAUUUCAAAUUAGCAAUUUACAAUGCACAACAAUAGGUAUCAAUUUUUAGGAUAUGUCUACUGUGAGAAUAUAUAUUUAUUAAACAUCCUUAUGAAACUAUUUUAGUCAUAUUUUGCAACGUUAACAGAACUUGUGCAAAUUUAUACAUUAAAAUCAAAACAAUAACUACAUACGUGUAAAAAAUUUCAAUUUUUACCGUUGUGUUUCUUAAUCCUAAUAAAAUAUACUAUUAGCUAUUUUCAUUUCACAUAAUAUGAAUGUUUAAAAGCUAAGACUUCAAUCGCAGAAUAUUAAGAAAUACACACACACACACACA